AUGGCCGAAGUCGGCGAGGACAGCGGGGCCCGCGCCCUGCUGGCGCUGCGCUCGGCGCCCUGCAGCCCCGUGCUUUGCGCCGCCGCCGCCGCCGCCUUCCCCGCCGCCGCCGUCCCCGCGCCCGGGCCCGCCGCGCCGUCGCCGCCGCCGCCCGCCCAGCCCCCGCCCCCGCCGCCGCCGCCGCCGGGCUCGAUCGCCGGGGGCGCGGGGGGCGCGGCGGGCGAGGCCCUGGUGGCCGCGGCGGCCGCCUCGGUGCGCCGGAGCCCCGGGCCCGCGCUGGCGCGCCUGGAGGGCCGCGAGUUCGAGUUUCUCAUGCGGCAGCCCAGCGUCACCAUCGGUCGCAACUCGUCGCAGGGCUCGGUGGACCUGAGCAUGGGCCUGUCCAGCUUCAUCUCGCGACGCCACCUGCAGCUCAGCUUCCAGGAGCCGCACUUCUACCUGCGGUGCCUCGGCAAGAACGGCGUCUUCGUGGACGGGGCCUUCCAGCGUCGCGGCGCGCCUGCCCUGCAGCUGCCCAAACAGUGCACCUUCCGCUUCCCCAGCACGGCGAUAAAGAUCCAGUUCACGUCGCUGUACCAUCAGGAGGAGGCCCCGGCGUCCCCCCUCCGGCCGCUCUACCCGCAGAUCUCCCCGCUGAAGAUCCACAUCCCGGAGCCGGACCUCCGGAGCCUGGUCAGCCCCGUCCCCUCCCCGACUGGCACCAUCAGUGUCCCCAACUCCUGCCCGGCCAGCCCCCGAGGAGCCGGGUCCUCCAGCUACCGCUUCGUCCAGAACGUGACCUCGGACCUGCAGCUGGCGGCGGAGUUCGCCGCGAAGGCCGCCUCGGAGCAGCAGGCCGACGCGUCCGGAGGGGACAGCCCCAAGGACGAGUCGAAGCCGCCGUACUCCUACGCACAGCUGAUCGUGCAGGCCAUCUCCUCAGCGCAGGACCGGCAGCUGACGCUGAGCGGCAUCUAUGCGCACAUCACCAAGCAUUACCCGUACUACCGGACAGCCGACAAGGGCUGGCAGAAUUCCAUCCGCCACAACCUCUCCCUGAAUCGCUACUUUGUUAAGGUCCCUCGCUCCCAGGAGGAGCCCGGGAAGGGGUCCUUCUGGCGGAUAGACGCUGCCUCCGAGGCCAAGCUCGUGGAGCAGGCGUUCCGGAAGCGGAGGCAGCGGGGCGCCUCCUGCUUCCGCACCCCCUUCGGGCCACUGUCGUCCAGGAGCGCCCCAGCUUCACCCACCCACCCCGGGCUCAUGUCCCCGCGUUCCAGUGGCCUGCAGACUCCAGAGUGCCUGUCCCGGGAGGGCUCACCCAUUCCGCAUGACCCUGACUUUGGGGCAAAGUUAGCUUCUGUUCCCGAGUAUCGGUAUUCCCAAAGCGCACCCGGCUCUCCCGUCAGCGCCCAGCCGGUGAUCAUGGCCGUGCCGCCCCGACCGCCCAAUCUGGUAGCCAAGCCCGUCGCCUACAUGCCGGCUUCGCUAGUGACAGCCCAGCAGCCCUCGGGCCACGCCAUCCACGUGGUGCAGCAGGCGCCCCCUGUCACCAUGCUCAGGGUGGUCACCAGCUCCGCCAGCUCUGCCAACGGAUACAUCCUUGCCAGCCAGGCCUCGGCAGGGGCUGCCCACGAAGCGGCAGGCACGGCCGUGCUGGACCUGGGCAGCGAGGCGAGAGGCUUGGAAGAGAAGCCCACCAUCGCGUUUGCCACCAUCCCUGCCGCCAGCCGAGUGAUCCAGACGGUGGCCAGCCAGAUGGCCCCAGGGGUCCCCGGACACACGGUCACCAUCCUGCAGCCGGCCACACCAGUGACCAUCGGGCAGCACCACCUUCCGGUCCGGGCCGUCACUCAGAACGGCAAGCACACCGUCCCCACGAGUAGUCUAGCCGGCAGCGCUUACGCCCUCGCCAGCCCCCUGCAGCUCCUCGCGGCUCAGGCUAGCUCGUCCACCCCGGUGGUGGUCACGCGUGUGCGCGAGGUGGGGCCUGAGGAGCCGGCAGCAGCGGCAGCAGCGGCAGCGGCGGCGGCCACCAGCACCGCCGCCACCGGCGCCUCCGCUUCUCCCCCCGGGGAGCCCGAGCUCAAGAGGUCCCGAGUGGAGGAGCCCAUGGGGACUGUGACCACGCAGGCCGGGGCGAUUGCGGCCGCCGGCCCACAGGGCCCCGGGACCGGGGAGUGA